AUGUUGAUAGAGGAACGACCGGAAUUUAUUGUGGUUUGGGAUGAUGGGUGUGGGAGUGAGAUACUGAGGGAGGAAUUGAAUGGGUUUGAGGGAGCAAUAGUCGAAGAGAAUUUGUACACUGCGUGUGAAGAGGCAGAUGCAGUACUAAUUUGUAGGGAACUAGAAACAUCUCCUACAAACGCAACCUCGAAACUAGAAGAUCCAAGACCAUUUCCAAAUCAUCCAUCAGAAAUCGAUUUAUUAAAUCUACGAAACUACAUAUCAUCAACGUCUCAUUCUAAUUUAGAGAAAGACGAUCCACUAGGAAUAUUAUAUCCCGAACCAACCUGCGAGGAAAAUUGCCCGAAAUGCAAGUGGAGCGAGCAAAGCGAGCAGAGGUAUAAUAUGAAGAUAAGAUUACAUACAAAAGAAGCGCAAACUAUCGACUGGAAAAAAAUUAUCGUGGGAAUGAAAGCUCCGAGGUGGAUAUUUGAUGGGAGGGGGGUUCUUGAUAAGACUGAGAUGGAGAAGAUGGGGAAGGAUGUUGGGGUGGAGGUUAGGAUUGUGCAGGUUGGGAUGGUAUGCGGAUUUGAUUCUUGA